GCUCAGACGGAGAAAGUAGAAGCGCGCUCACAGUCAGCGAAGAGAAGAAGACGGAGAAGAGGAGAAGAAGAGGAGAAGUGUUCGGAGUCUAAAAAGUAACUAAAACUGAGCCGAAGAAGAGAAAUCCUGCACCUAACGUCUCCGCGAGGACAAAACAGACCGUUUGUGUUCGGGUUUUACCUGUUUUAGACUAAAAACCGCGAACACACCGUCCGACAGGUUUGUGCUGACCGGACCGGAUCGACCAAUCACCUGCCUGCUCUGUGACUUUCUUAUUGAUCAAAGUGAUCGUUUAUACUCCAGACAGAUCAAUGACAGCUUCAGAACUGAUCGAGGACAAUGAUGAUGUUCGCCCUCCUGUGGAAGCUAACGUAACUACAACAAAUUCCUCUACACCGCCUCAUCCCCAGAGGGUCGCCAACGGUAACCUGACUCGCCACAACUCCUCACCACCAACACCCGCUGCCGCCGCCACCAACGACACCCCCGAUGGCAAAAACAAACAUGAGCGCAGCAAACUGAGCAGCCUGUUAAAACAGAACCAGCUGAUCCACUCCCUGAGCAGCGGGCUGCGGCGACACUGCGACUACGUCAAGAUCACUGUGCCGGAGGAACGGGCGAAUCGCCUGCCAAAGGAGUGGUGGAAGACCGGCGUGGCCUUCCUCUACGCGCUGUUCAACCUCAUCUUCACCACCGUCAUCAUCACCGUCGUCCACGAGAGGGUGCCGGACAAGUCCGUGAACCCGCCGCUGCCCGACAAGUUCUUUGACUAUGUGGACCGAGUGCCGUGGGCAUUCACCGUCACCGAGGUCAAUGGGCUGAUCCUGGUCGGACUCUGGCUCGUCCAGUGGAUCUUCCUCAAACACAAAGCGAUCAUUGGUCGUCGUUGUUUCUUCCUCAUCGGGACUCUCUACAUGUAUCGCUGUGUCACCAUGUACAUCACCACUCUGCCCGUGCCUGGAAAACACAUGGUCUGCGCUCCAAAGCUUUACAACGACUCGACGGGGAAAAUCUGGAGGAUUUUGAGGCUGAUUUCAGGAGGAGGUUUGUCUCUGACCGGCUCUCACCUGAUGUGUGGAGACUUCCUGUACAGCGGUCACACCGUCAUGUUGACACUGUCCUACCUCUUCAUCAAAGAGUACUCUCCUCGGUGGAUGUGGUGGUAUCACUGGAUCUGCUGGUUCCUCAGCGCCUCGGGAGUCAUCUGCAUCCUGAUCGCCCAUGAGCACUACAGCAUUGACGUGGUGAUCGGAUACUUCGCUACCACCAGGAUCUUCUGGUGGUACCACACCAUGGCCAACACACAUGUGGCGCGACAGGAUCUGAACAACUACCUGUCUCGAACGUGGUGGAACCCGAUCUUCAACUUCCUGGAGAGAAACGUCCAGGCGACGGUUCCCAUCGUGUUCUCCUGGCCGGUGACCUUGCCUUCGUCCUGCAGACAGAGAUACAGGAUAGUGGAGGGGGGGAGGGAUGAGUGAGGACAGAGGGGGGAGGGAACGAAGGGGUAACUGACCUGAGCUGAUGGAAACAGUAUUCAUCCGUUCUGAUUCCUGGACAAGAGGACGAACGGACGGAGAGGUGUAACAUCAGUUUAUUCAUUCAAAGCAGCAUUUCCAUCUCUCUCCUGGUUACUGAGGAAGAGGAGGAGGCACAGAAAAGGUCUUAUGUUUACAUUAUCAUGAUCACGUGGUUGAAGUAUGAACAUUUGACUUCAAACACUAAAAGUCAGGAAAACGAGAGGUUUGACUCCACUGAGAGGUAAAAUUAGUGUCGAAAUUACAGCUAGCCUACUAUUACUACUUACUUAGCCUACUUACUAGCCUCCAUCAAAUCAUCUGAAAACCAUUGUAUUUCUCUGUGUUACUUGAUUUUCUGGGACACAAACACUAAAAAACACACAUUAACAUCAUUAGACAGUGUUAAAAUACAAUGAAUAAGAAGAAGAAGCACAAUGUUUUUUCAAACUUCUGUCAAAGGCUUCUGAGGGAUUUCAGGAAUUUAUUAUGAUAAGCAUUAAAUUUCUGUCUCAACCUAAGGUUUUAAAAAAAGUCUCAGAUGCCAUUAAAGUGCCAGUAAAUCCGAACUGCCAUAUGUGAGAGUGAAAGCUGACAUCAUUGUGUUAGUUAGCAGUAAUUAUGCCAAUCAAGCUAACCAGAGAUUGAAGACCCAAACUAAACUGCUGGCUAAUUGGCCCUCUCUGAGAGAGCUGAGAGCUGAAUUUGUUAGCCAUAUGCUAGCUCAUUCAUCUAAACAACUUUGAUGAAUAAUGCUAACAACACUAAUGAAAGUAAUGCCAAUUAAUUUAAGCUAAUAACUAAGCUAAGCUAACUAAAGAUUCAGGACCAAAGCUAAAACUGCUAGCCACUUAGCUGUCCUUCAGUUAAUUUAAGGUGUCUUUACAUCGCUGUGAGAAUGAAGGCAUGUGUCAUUGAAUUGAGUGAAGUAGCAACAGGUUAGCUUGUUAUGCUAAGCUAUGAUUAUGAUGAUUAAUGUCAGCUCAAGUAAAAAUAAUACAUUUAGCUUACAUGAAAGGCAAACAUACCUGGAGACUUGAGACUAAAUCUUAAAACAUAGGAAAUUAUUUCAUGUUGCUUUUGUUUGUAAGCUAGCUAGAAAUUCAGGACCAAAGCUAACAAAGCUAGCGACUUAGCAUUCCCAGUGCUAACUCUUCAUCACAGUGAGAGCUUAUCAGUGUAAGUUAAUGAGUUUUGUUCUGUAUGUUUUUCUACUCUUGAUUAUUGUUGUUUAAGUUAUAUAACAUGUAAAAUAUUUUUAUGACUUUUUUUUUUUACUGUAAAAUGAAUCCAUGAAACUAAAACUGUCUGUAAAGUUUAGAUCAAACCAAAACCCCCUGUAAAAUGCUGCUGAAUUAAUGAAGGCUGUUGUUUCAUAGAGAGUUUCUCACUUGAUGUUCAACACUGAAACACACAUCUGACUUGAACAGUGUCACAAUCCAGAUGCUUUGAUAAUAAAAGAUUUAUUUUCAGUCAA